AUGGAUUACGUCUCCGCCCUGAUAAGUGCAAGCAGAUAUGGAUCUCUUCGAGACCUCGAACAGGAAUCAGGGUGGACGGACAAGCGAUCGAACUCGUCGAUGAGUUCUGUUACCUGGGAUGAGUUUGUCGGAUUCAAGCUGGAAGAGGCCACCCAGCCGAAAGCGGAAAUUUUGGACAGAGGUGGUGAAAGAGGACCCGUGCGCGUGGAUAGGCAGUUCAGGCGGGACGAAAGAUUCCGCAUAAUGUGGAAUAGUGACGAUUGGAAUGAUACUGUGCAAGCUCUCGCAGUAGGUCGAGAAGGUUGGGCUGAGCUAUGUUCAAGGACGACACACAUCGGCGAAGAUGCGGAUAAUCACGUCAGGCGAUGA